AUGAUUAACAGGUGGAGAAAAGAAUUAGAUGACUGCCGAUUGGUGACUGUGAACAAUGAAAACUCAUUACAUUCAAAAAGCCACCGUGGUCAACCAUACUUAGCAUAUAUUAUCACUUCUACGUCUCGGCGUUUCAAUUCCACAUAUACUGAACUUGCCAUCGCAUUACCUGGCUUUUUUAAUAUUAUUCGUAAAGAAUGCGUCUCGCAGAAUGAUUCACGAAUUAUGGGGCAUGGUCAAAUAAACGUUGCAUCACUACUUCUGACUCACGUUGAUAUAUGGGAUGAAAUCGGAUCGAGAUCUGAUCAUGAGUUGGGCCAGAACGAUUGGGCAUUUGUAUUUGAAGACGAUGUUAGUAUAGUUCCUCCUGAAAUCAUGAAAGGUUUUUAUGGAAAAAUUUACACAGCAUGGAAGUAUAAAAACCCAAAUCCUAUUUUAGGAAAAACUAUCGAAGAAGGACUCGAAAUGGCAAAACAUGAUGGAAUUCUAUAUCUCGGUACUUGCGGACCGGUCUUCAUGGAUAAUGAUACCAAUAUUCAGUAUUCAAGCGAUCGUCUGAUCCAAUUCCGCCGUGGUCUAUACUUUUGUACGCAUGCAAUAGCCUACACUAAAUGGCGUGCACGAAGAUUCUGGAGUGACUUGGCUACAUAUAGACUUUUACAUAGUGCAGUCGGUAGUGAUACAAUAGCAAGGGAAUGGCAACGACUCUCAAAAACGUAUCCAUUGAGCGCAGCGACAAAUAUAAAUUGGCCGACAGAUGAGGAACACUACGGGUUCUUCUUUCAGGAUAGAGGAAAACAUGUGUCAAUAAUACAAGGAUUGGUUUGA